AACACAGCAAACUCCUCUGACCAAAAAUGCAGCAAAGAUGCUGUGAUGAUGAAGGUUACCUUUAGGUCCUUCAAUCUUUGAAAGUGGUUGAUAAAAGGAUACAACCAAUUUGUUAAGGCAGAAGAGAGUAUGUGAAGCUGUGAAGUUGAAGGUUAACUAAAUGUCCUUCAAUCUUCUUGAGGUAGAAGAUCUGCAAGAAGCAAGAUCAAAAAAUGCUGGUUUGAUGAUAUUUUAUGUUGCUGGUAUGGGUGGUGUUUUAUGCUACAUCAUUAGUCCAAAAAGGCAAGGAUGGCUUGUGAAGGUGCAAGUUGGGACCAAAAGAGUACUCACCAUUGCAUCAAGUCAUUUUCAUGACCGAGUAGCCAAAUCUUUAGCCCAAGGAAGUUGUAGAAGAUGAAAAAGAUGAUGAAGCAGCACUUUGAGGUACCAAAAUCCUUGUUUUUAUUAACUCAGAAAAUGCAACUUAGUUGCAAAACCUCCAAAAUUUGUUUGAGGUAGCAAAAUCCAAAGAAGGAAAGCUGCAAUGAAGAAGGAGCUGAGGUUGUUUGAGAAGGAUGGUACAUGGCUGUGAUGAAAAAAAAUGGUGAAAACCAAG